AGCUCUUUGGCCCGAAAGCCCCCAGCCCGUUCCGCGCGGAACGGGACUCAUGAGCCUCCGAGCUGCGGCGCUGUUUGUGUGCCUGUCGCUGGGGCUUCUGCUUCUGGCCAGCGAUCUUCCCUCAGUCGCCUUUCGCAGGGCGCAGCAUGCGUGGGGAGCGCGCCGGCGAUUGGCGAGCAAAGAUCUCAACCUCACGAACACGCUCAACAAGACCCGCGAGUCGCCCUGGCAGGAGGACUAUGUCCCGAAUGUGACCUGGGGCUACGAGAUGGAGAUGGACACGCGGUCCUCGGGGAUGGUGCGGUACCGCGGCUGCCGUCAUUGCGCCGAGGAGGCCUUCUGCAAGUACGCCUCCAACCCCGGCUGCGGCGGCUCCGCCGUGGGAGGGGUCACCACCUUCCGAAACAUCCGGCACGCCCACGGCUGCGCGGUGAAGCCGGUGCUCUCCAUCCCUCGCUCCUACGUGCGAGACUUGUGCAACCAACGCCGCGCUGGCGAAUUACCCGUGGCCGGCCCGUGGCACUACGCAGGGGUCCACUGUGCUGCACAAGUCCUUCAAGGUCUCAGCGGCGAAUUCUGGGCUAGCAGCGGUCAGGUUGCUGACCAAGACCUGGUGAUGGAAUCUCCCGACGACUUGCGAUCCAAGCCAGGCGCCUACCUGACGCUCAAGGCGAUGCUUCACAGCGGCUUCGACGUGUACCGCGGAAGCGGGCACCAUGGCCCCGUCCAGCAGUGCAUCCACUACCCUUGGGCCGUGAGCGUCCGCUGGCUGCACUUGCACAGCUUCUGCACUGGGGCGCGCUUCGAGGGAAUGCCCGGGGGCAGCUCGCUGUGUGCCACCAUGCACAGCCACGAUGAUGCUUCUCGGAUUGCCACCAGAUGGUCGCGAUGAUGUGAGGAAGCUGUCCUGCCCACCCAAACCAGGGUUCCA